AUGACUGAAAGAAUCAAUCUCACACCUGCUCAACAGCAGCAGGCGUUGAAUCGAAGUGAACAAUCAGUGAAACAGGAACCACAGAAGAGAAAUCAAAUACAGUACCAGUUAAAGCAAGUUAUUGGUAAAGGAUCAUAUGGUGUUGUUUACAAAGCAAUUAAUCGAAAGACACAGAAGUUGGUCGCGAUUAAGGAGGUCCAUUAUGAAAAUGAUGAUGAACUGACAGAUAUCAUGUCUGAGAUAGAUCUUUUGAAAAAUUUAAAUCACAUUAAUAUCGUUAAGUAUCAUGGUUUCAUUCAAAAGUCGCAUAAUCUCUACAUAAUAUUGGAAUACUGUUCUCAUGGUUCAUUGAAAAAUUACAUAUCAAGGGGCAAUGGUCUUCCAGAAUCCAAAGCAAAAGUAUACGUGAAGCAGACUUUGAAUGGGCUCAAUUACUUGCACGAACAAGGUGUGAUACAUCGAGAUAUUAAGGCCGCUAAUCUACUUUUGGAUUCUAAUAAUGUGGUCAAAUUAGCAGAUUUUGGCGUUUCUACAAAAGUUAAUACCAUGACUAUGGCAAUGACUUUGGCGGGUUCUUUGAACUGGAUGGCCCCAGAAAUUAUUGGUAAUAGGGGUGCGUCUACCUUAAGUGAUAUUUGGUCUUUGGGGGCUACUGUUCUGGAAGUAUUAACAGGAAAUCCACCAUUCUAUAAUUUAGUUGAUAUUAACAUCUACUAUGCGAUUGAAAAUGAUGCGUUUAUUCCACCUAGUUUCAUAUCCAAGGAAGCACAGGAUUUUCUAUCCACAUGUUUUCAAAAGAAUAUGUAUCAAAGACCAACCGCGGCACAGCUUUUGAGACAUAAAUGGGUUGCAGGCGAAUCUCCUGCUAACAAGCUGGAAUUGUUUAAGGAGAGUAAUAAUGAAAUGGAUUUUCAAUGGGAUCAUGACUUUAAGGAACCUCUUCAUGAUCCUAGUCUAGCAAACCCUUCUUCGCAACACACCUCUGUCCCAACUUCAUAUCUUCCAUCAUUAGCUAAGACAAGGGUCAACUAUAGUUCUGCGUCCUCUGUAUCAUCUUCGUCCCUGGUAACUACUGUUACUGGCAGCAGUGAAUCUAAAACUCAUGGAGAUCCUAGUACGCCCCAUAGAUCUAUGCAUAGGACUGCUGCAAAUGUCGAAUGGGCUAAAGGAAUAUUGGAUAAUUUGGGUAAAGGGACAGUACGAUUAACUUCUGAUGUUUUGAGCAUACUUUUCGAGAAUUUGGAUGGUGAAGAUAUCUCGCAAUCGAUAAUCCACUUGCUCCGUGAUAGUUCAAAUGAAAACAUGAUCAUAUCUCUAUUUGAAUAUGAUAAGAAAUUUAAUUUUGGUAAUCUAAAGAAAAAAUUCAUAUCAAUGGGUGGUGUGCCCUCCGUUCUCGAAUAUAAUAAUAUUAUCGAGCAGUUUUUCCUCAAGGAUAACUACAAAGUGUUGAUUCAAUGCGGUAUUCUUUACAGAACCCACAUCCUCAAGGAUUCUAUAACAUUGGAAUUAGCCUAUAAGUUUUUGGAUAUCGUCGAUUCUCCACAAUUCUGGUGUCAGUGGUGUUCCAAGCAUGUCAAGGUACCCAAUUUGAUAGCUAAUCUUACCAACAAAUCCACCCAGUCGAUAGUAUUGAAACUAUCGUCUUUCCCCGAGGCUUCCUCAUGGUUUCCCAAACAAUUCAUUGAAAACAUUUUAAAAUUACCACCAACAACAGAGCAACCAAUGUAUACAAUUUUCAAAGCAUUAACCUCGAUUCUAAUUCAAUUGCAUAAUAGUACAGCCGCGGAAAUUGUAGCAGCAACCCCUUCCAAAGUACCAACCACCACUGCACCCUCCAUGGAGCUGCCUGAGGCUUUCCUUCCUUGGAUACUAGGCUUUUUUGAAGAUUCCAAAUUUUGUGAUGAAGAAAACAGUUACGUGUGGAAAUAUUACAUGAGUGUUAUUUACCAUGCUACACAUUUGAACAGAUUGCUCUUAAACCAACUUUUGAAUAAUACUAACUUCAUAAAUUUGAUCCUCCGACUUUUGACCACCCGUGCAAAGUCUCUUCAACUGUUGCAUGUACCCUUGUCAAUUGUCAUGGAAAUAUCUACAGAGUUGACAGAAUUUCAUCCAGUUUUAGUGGAACUUUCCCUGCACUUUUUACGAUCCCAUGAGGAAUUUAUUGUGGGAGGUUUAGAAAUUCUAUUAAACUCUUUACAGUUUGCAUUGCAUGAUACAACAAAAUUUAUCAGCCAUCCGGAUAGUUUGGCAAUUGAGUUUCCUUCAGGUUCUUCGGGAAAGCCAUCGGUUUUAUUAACUUAUCGAGAUUUGGUCGAACCAUUUUUCCGCAUCAAAGAAAAUAAUCUCGAAUUUGGGAAUUUUAUCACGAAGUUUAUGAAAAUCUGCUUGCUGACACCAUUAGCAUUUAUUUCGUUCAAGAUUUUUUCUCAUUCGAGUUUCAAUGAGAGAUUAACGGCUUUCUUUAUGCUUUAUCGAAAUAGUUUACUGAUUCAAAUCGAUUUGUUGAAGUUCGUCAAAUUGAUAAUCGCAAGAUCUCUAGAGUAUCUGAGCACCUUAAAAGAAAGAGAUUUAAGUGCAGAGGUUGUUAUUAAGAAAAGAUUAGAAGUGAUGAUGGACUUCCUAGAUAGAAACUGGAACCAUCAGAUAGAAGGUCAAGUCGGUUGUGAUUCCAUUUUAAUUCAUCAGUUGUGUAAUGACAUUAAGUCAUUUGCCACAGCCUCGCCAUCUAGUUUCGCAAUUCCAUCGGUACGCAGACAACAAAGCAAGAGUCGUUUUAACUUAAGUUUGCAGAAUGAUGCAUUCGACAUUCCAGACAGAACUUAA